AGAAUAAUUUUUUUUUUGGUUAUAUAUAUAUACAUAAAGAUGGAAAUCCAAGUUUAUCUUCUAAAUCCAACUAACCUAAAAUUCUCUCUUCUCUCUUUUUACUUUUUUUACUUUUUUUUUUUUUCUAUUGUCGGUGAAUUUGGAUUUUUCUCUCAUCCUCCUCUCCUCCAUCAUCAUAAUACCACCUGCUGCAAGCUCUCUCCGACAUAUUUAUUCUCUCUUUCUCUCUCUCAGGUCUCUUAAAAACCCACCUUCGAAAAAGUCUUUCUCUUUGGAGGGUUUUUUUAUAGAAAAAAGAUCCUCCAUCCAUGGACGGCGGCGCAGUAGCUGACGUGGCAGUCGCCGGUACGAGGAAGAGAGAGAGACCUUACAAAGGUAUAAGGAUGAGGAAGUGGGGAAAGUGGGUCGCAGAGAUUAGAGAGCCAAACAAGCGGUCUAGGUUAUGGCUUGGCUCUUACUCGACUCCUGAAGCGGCGGCUCGUGCUUACGACACGGCGGUUUUUUAUCUUAGAGGACCUACGGCGAGGCUUAACUUCCCUGAGCUUCUUCCUAGAGAGAAAUUCUCCUCCGACGAGGAUAUGUCGGCUGCUACGAUUAGGAAAAAAGCUACGGAGGUUGGUGCUCAGGUUGAUGCUUUAGGUACGGCGGUUCAGAAUAACCGCCACCGUGUCUUUGGUCAGAAUAUAGAUAGUGAUGAUGAGAAGAAGAGUUUUCAUCGGAAUUAUCAAAACGGUGAGAGAGAAGAAGAUGAUGAUCAGGAAGAAGAGGAUGACAAGAGAUUGAAGAGUGGCGGCCGGAUCUUGGAUCGGGUUGACUUGAAUAAAUUACCCGACCCGGAAAGCUCCGAUGAAGAAUGGAAAAGCAGAUAUUAAUA